UCAAGAAGAAUUAUAUUAAUAAAUUUGUCACAGAAAUUUUGCCAGUUUGGAACGGAUGUGCUGAGCCAGAUCCUCUGCAGACAUUGAAGAGCUUAGAGCUAGGAGUAAAAGUGGUAAAUUUGAAGUCCAGGGCCUCUGAUCAGAGUGUUGUAAUUGAGGGGUGUUUUAAAGUUGAGUAAAUGGGAUCACAGGUGCCUACCAACUCCCAUUUACCAAUCUCAGUGUCAUGGAUUUUGUCGAGGCAUUGUUCACGGGUAGGAUCAGUAUGCUAUAGCAAGAUUUGCUGAAUGUUUUGAAAUGAUUCCAAGAACUUUGGCUGAGAAUGCUGGGCUAAAUGCAAUGGAGAUCAUAUCUUCUCUAUAUGCAGAAAAUGCAUCUGGAAAUGCCAAAGUUGGCAUUGAUUUGGAAGAAGGUGUUUGUAAGGAUGUCUCAACCUUGAGCAUUUGGGAUCUUCAUGUGACUCAGUUCUUUGCUCUUAAAUAUGCUGCGGAUGCUGCAUGCACUGUACUUCGGGUGGACCAGAUUAUUAUGUCAAAACCAGCUGGUGGUCCAAGGAGAGAGCAACCUGCAGGCAUGGAUGAAGACUAAAAUUGUGGGAAUUGAUUGUUUUCUUUGGUCAUGUUUGUAUGUCAACAUGAUGGCUUGAAUUUGGCUUAGGCAUGUUUUUCUUUAUUUAGACUUUAGUAGUGGUGGCGAUCUUAACAAAUUUUGAAUUUUUGUUUUGCCAUGAAAUGAAAUACAAAGAGAUGUCUAUAAAUUUACAUUUUAUUUUUA